CUCUCACACUAGCACAACUAUGGCUAGGGCAUCCCACCUAGAGCCUCCCACCAAAAAGCUCUGUGAACUAGCAAAGGACAUCUACAACUCUGAGAGGUUGGCGUGUAUCAUUUGCCAAGACGACAGGGAGACCAGUAACACAUCCCUCACCCUAUUGAGCCGUCUACCCUGUUGUGGACAAUCAUGCCAUCAGCAAUGCUUCUGGAAAUGGAUACACACCCACCGCACCGAACGUAUCACAUGCCCACACUGUAGGUACGUCUUCCCAGAUACGACAAGAGGGGUGGUCUUAUGGGUCGACAGUAACUUUAAACCCAUGUACGAUGACCACCCAGCGGAGCAAAUCAUCGUAGAGGAAAAGACCAAAAUACAGCCAGCCUUCGACCGGUUCAAACAAUUCAUGGCACUCUACCCCGCCCAUUACAGGAGUCGUUUCUUCAUUGGGGUGCUGUGCAGGAGAUGCGACCCUAUAGCCCAAAAAAUAUGCGAAAAGGAAGACCGCCACGACUUCGAGCUCCCUCUCUUACUCCCACGCCGCUCAAUAAGCACCUUCUCCCACCAAUACAACAACCAAAUCACUAAGUACGGUGAGUGGCUUUGGGAAGUAGACGCAAAUAACGAGUAUCAUUGGCUCAGGGAGGAUAUCACACCGCCACCACCCCCAGAGGGGCACGACAAAAGAGCCCAAUACGAAAGCGAUAGGGUUGCCUUCAUGGAGAACGUGGACACCUCACUCUUCCAUCCACAAUCCUACGUCCACGCCUUCAAAGAUUCCUACGCUGCGUGGGCCUUAGAUUUACCAACCGGUAAAUGGGUUUGGGAGACCUACGACGCCACCUUUGUGGUACCACCGCCCCCCUACUCCCACUUCCUAUGGGAGAGGUACGCCCAUGACCCUAUAGGAUGGCGCUCACGCGACCAUCCCUGGAGCCGCGACUACACGGAACAGAACGAUGGCAGCAACAGUGACGAAACGGAGGAUGAGAAUGAAGACAACUCACCGGAAGAUGAAGAUGAAGACAACUCACUACUCCACUCACUACUCAACCCCCCUACCACUUGGGCCGAACGCCAUGGGGAGGACGAGGACGAAGACGACGAAGGGGUGUUAUUGGCCAACCAACCAGCCAACCCACAACACUCGCGCAGAUCCCAACGGUAUCGUGCCAGACAAAUAGCCCUAGCCCUAAUGCAAGUACGCGCAGAUUACCAAAACAACAACAACAACAACAACAACAACAACAACAACAAUAACAACAACAACAACGAAACCGAAGAGGUGGAUAGAGAGGCAGCUACACGGACACCAUCGCCCAACGAGCAACAGGUUGCAAGCGAUGUACGGAACAGUGAACAAGUUGUCUACAACCUACGCAGGGGGAGGACGAUACGCCCCUUCCCCACUAACCAACAAAGAACAAGACAACUCAGAAGACAACCAUCACCCACACGUGUACGGACACCCACGGCCCAAAGCACUGAAGAAACCAGUCGGAACCUGGCGCAACUUAGCCUAUUGCAGCGUAGGGGACAUCCACCUCUCCCGCGACUACGCUUGCGCCUGACGCCACCGCAACCAUCACCACCACAACCAUCACGUAUAACUCCACCACCCUCGGAUCAACAAGGACCAGAGGUACAGUCACAGAUGGAAGCAGGCAACGUACGUUAUAUAAUGGAGCGUAUGUCAGUAAACCACCCAACCUCCCGUUCCUCUUUUGUAGACCCAAGAAUCUACGAACAGGUCAGAGCCCACAUAGACGCAGUGGUACAACGCCAUGUGAAUUCCAUAGAGUCCCCCGCACAGAUUGCACACCUCCCAACGGAAGAAGAGAUAGAGGAGUUCCAGCGCUUUAGUCUAGGACUGAUAAUGGACACUUACUACGAAUAAGGGGUAGCUAAAAAAAAAAAAAAAGUAGUUUUGUAAACAAGACAACUCUCUCUUUACUAUAUCCUUUUUUAUUAAAAAAUUGCACAAACUGCUACAAGCA